AUGGCGCUCCGCGAAUUCAAGGCCCCCGUCAACUAUGAGACGCACCAGAGUGCGUUUGAGGUCUUCCUCCAAGACUUCAAGACCUCGCCCGAGCACACAAUCACCACGGCCAUGGGGAACAUCACCAUUGAUGAGGACGACUUGAGCGACGAGUACGACUUUAUGGAUGAUGACGACGAGACGGGCGACAGCCGUCGCCGCGACAAGGAGCAAAGCCGUGCGCCUCGCCACAAAUACAAGGAGAUUCUGCAAAAGCUGGCAGACCGCGUACGAGACGAGAUUGUUAUUGAUCUCGAUGAUCUGGCUGCGUGGGAAAACGAGACCGGCGAGGCGCUGCAGCUCGUCGACUCGAUUGAGCUCAACACAAAACACUACGUUGACAUCAUGGCCCAAGCCGUGGACAAGGUCAUGCCACAGCCUAGCGUGGAUGUCAACUUCAAGGACGACGUUCUGGACGUGUUGAUGGCGCGCCGCCAAGUGCGAAACCGCGAGCUUGAGGACAUUGCCGAGGCCAACGGCACUUUCGAAGAGGACAAGUUCCCUGCCGAGCUCACCCGCCGAUACACGCUCGUCUUCAAGCCCCGUGUCAACGCGCCCGACUUUGCCUCCAAGGCUCUCGCCGUGCGCCACGUGCGCGGCGAUAACCUCGGCCACCUCAUCACCGUCCGCGCCAUUGUCACGCGCGUCUCCGACGUCAAGCCCAUUGUGCAGGUCAGCGCGUACACCUGCGACAGGUGCGGUGCCGAAAUUUUCCAGCCCAUCACAGACAAGCAGUACGGGCCCCUGACCAUAUGCCCGUCCAAGGACUGCAAGGAGAACCAGUCCAAGGGACAGCUGAACCCAUCGACGCGUGCCUCCAAGUUUCUCCCCUUCCAGGAGGUCAAGGUCCAGGAAAUGGCGGAGCAGGUCCCUAUUGGCCAGAUCCCUCGAUCGCUCACCGUUCACUGCUUCGGCAGUCUCGUGCGUCGCGUGAACCCCGGUGACGUGGUGGAUAUUUCUGGCAUUUUCCUCCCCACGCCCUACACUGGUUUCCAGGCCAUGAAGGCCGGUCUGUUGACGGAUACCUAUCUCGACGCCCACUAUAUCCGUCAACACAAGAAGGCCUACAGCGAGAUGAUUAUUGACCCUACAUUGGUGCGACGCAUUGAAAAGUACAGACAGACGGGCCAAGUCUACGAAUUGCUGGCCAAGUCUAUUGCCCCCGAAAUUUUUGGUCACCUUGACGUCAAGAAGGCACUUCUUCUCCUGCUUAUCGGUGGUGUCACCAAGGAGAUGGGCGACGGUAUGAAGAUCAGGGGAGACCUCAACAUCUGCAUGAUGGGUGAUCCUGGUGUGGCCAAAUCUCAGCUGCUCAAGUACAUUUCCAAAGUUGCCCCCCGAGGAGUCUACACCUCUGGCCGCGGCAGCAGUGGUGUCGGUCUCACGGCCGCCGUCAUGAGAGACCCCGUCACUGACGAGAUGGUCCUCGAAGGCGGUGCUCUCGUUCUUGCGGACAAUGGCAUCUGCUGUAUCGAUGAGUUCGAUAAGAUGGACGAAAAUGACCGUACUGCUAUCCACGAAGUCAUGGAACAGCAGACCAUUUCCAUCUCCAAGGCUGGCAUCUCCACCACGCUCAACGCUCGCACUUCCAUCCUGGCCGCGGCCAACCCCAUCUACGGCCGCUACAACCCCCGCAUCUCCCCCGUCGAAAACAUUAACCUCCCCGCCGCGCUGCUGUCGCGUUUCGACAUCAUCUUCCUCCUGCUCGACGUGCCGACGCGCGACACGGACGAGCAGCUCGCCAAGCACGUCACCUUUGUGCACAUGAAUGGCCGCCAUCCCGACAUUGGCACCGACAACGUCGUCUUCAGCCCCCACGAGGUCCGCUCGUACGUGGCACAGGCGCGCACCUACCGGCCCACUGUGCCCGAGUCCGUCACCGAGUACAUGAUCCGCACCUAUGUCCGCAUGCGCGACCAGCAGCAGCGCGCCGAGAAGAGGGGCAAGCAGUUUACGCACACGACCCCGCGAACGCUGCUCGGCGUCGUGCGUCUCGCGCAGGCCCUGGCCCGCCUGCGCUUCAGCAACCAGGUCACCCAGGACGACGUGGACGAGGCCUUGCGUCUGAUUGAGGCCUCCAAGGACACCCUCAACGUCGACUACGGCGGCAGCCGUCGCAACCUCAACGCCAGCAGCAGAAUCUACAACCUCGUCAAGGCGCUGGCUGACUCUGGCGCGUGCCGGGCUGACGAUGUCGAGGAUGAUGAGCUGGGCGUCGAACUGAGCAUGAGAAAGGUCAAGGAGCGUGUCAUUGCCAAGGGCUUCACCGAGGACCAGUGGAUGAACGCCCUGGAAGAGUACACCACUCUUGAUGUUUGGCAAACAACUGGCAGCGGCACGAGACUUGUCUUUGUCACUGCCACGGGUGAUGAUGGCAACGAUGACAUGGAUGACAUGUAA